AUGGCCCAGCCCCUGUGCCCCGCGCUCUCCAAGCCCUGGAUCUUCCCCGAGGACUGGAGCGCCGCUCAGCCUCCUCCGCCCGCCGAUCGGGGCCGCUGCUGCUGCUCCCCGGCAUCCUCCCCGAACUCCUGGGGCAGCGCCCCGGCCGGCAGCCCCGCGCCCAGCCCCCGGUGCCCCGGCGCCCGCACGGCCCCGCGCGGCCCUCGAGCCGGGAGGCGCGGCGGCCGCCUGGGCGGCGGGCAGCGGCAGAGCGCCAGCGAGCGCGAGAAGCUGCGCAUGCGCACGCUCGCCCGCGCGCUGCACGAGCUGCGCCGCUUCCUGCCGCCGUCCGUGGCGCCCGCCGGCCAGAGCCUCACCAAGAUCGAGACGCUGCGCCUGGCCAUCCGCUACAUCGCCCACCUGUCGGCCGUGCUGGGCCUCAGCGAGGACAGCCUGCGGCGGUGCCGGCGCCCGCGGCCCCGGAGCAGCAGCCGCAGCAGCAGCAGCAGCAGCGACGCAGCGGCCCUUCGUGGCUGCCCGCUCUGCCCCGACGGCGGCUCCGCGCAGGCGCAGGCGCUGACGCACGCGCAUGCGCACGGCCUGGGCGCCGCCGCCCCCGCCGCGGGGUCCUGGGGGCCCGCGCCCGCCGGUCCUGCACCCGCGGUGGUGCCCGCGCCCUCGCUCCACGAGGAGGCAGCGCGCCCCGAAGGGCUUGUGGUGCAGCCGGGGCCCUCGUCUCCGCUCUUCCCUGGCCACGUGCUGGCCCAGCUGGAGGCCUGGAUGCCCCCCUCGCCCCUGGAGUGGCCCCCCGGCCUGAGCAGUUGA